GAUUAUGGCAGGGAAAGUGAAAUGGGUCACUGAUAUCGAGAAGUCGGUGCUGAUAAAUAACUUUGAAAAGAGAGGAUGGGUCCAAGUGACAGAAAACGAGGACUGGAACUUCUACUGCUGUCGGAAGCCUGAAUGAGUCAGUAAAGCACAGAGCGUGUGGCAUGUGAUAGCGGCCAGCGGUUGCUGGCCUUCGCACACCACUCCUCGAGCCUCCUGCCCUAGAAGCCACCUGUGCCCCUCCAGCCUCGCAGACGGCUCCCCUCAGUGCUCUGCAGCAAGUGCCGCGUGCCAGGAUUUGGGAUUUCCCCGCCUGUCCCGUCUUUCUGCGCUGCUGUGAACCCGAUGACAGUGAGGACCUUGUCUGGCUGGUCCCAGCCUCCCAGAGCCCGGCCCUGGCCCAGGAUGAGUGUGCAAACCAUCCGAAACGUUUUUAGUGUCGAAACUGGCUAUCGGCUCUCAGACGAUCAAAUAGUCAACCAUUUUCCGAACCACUAUGAACUGACCCGGAAGGAUCUGAUGGUGAAGAAUAUUAAAAGAUACAGGAAGGAGCUGGAGAAAGAAGGGAGUCCCCUGGCAGAAAAAGAUGAAAACGGGAAAUACCUCUAUCUGGACUUUGUUCCGGUCACCUACAUGCUGCCCGCGGACUACAACCUGUUCGUGGAGGAGUUCAGGAAAAGCCCCUCCAGCACCUGGAUCAUGAAACCUUGUGGCAAAGCCCAGGGAAAGGGCAUCUUUUUGAUCAACAAGCUCUCGCAGAUCAAAAAGUGGUCCCGGGACAGCAAAACAUCUUCGUUUGUGACCCAGUCCACCAAGGAGGCCUACGUGAUCUCCCUGUACAUUAACAACCCGCUGCUGAUCGGCGGGAGGAAGUUUGACCUGCGCUUGUACGUGCUGGUGUCUACGUACCGCCCACUGCGCUGUUACAUGUAUAAACUUGGAUUCUGCCGCUUCUGCACGGUGAAGUACACCCCAAGCACCAGCGAGCUGGACAACAUGUUUGUUCAUCUCACCAACGUCGCCAUCCAGAAGCACGGGGAGGACUACAACCACAUCCACGGGGGCAAGUGGACGGUGAACAACCUGCGGCUGUACCUGGAGAGCACCCGAGGCAAGGAGGUGACCGGCAAGCUGUUCGACGAGAUCCACUGGAUCAUCGUGCAGUCGCUGAAGGCCGUGGCGCCGGUGAUGAACAACGACAAACACUGCUUCGAGUGCUAUGGCUAUGACAUCAUCAUCGACGACAAGCUGAAGCCCUGGCUGAUUGAGGUGAACGCGUCCCCGUCUCUCACCUCCAGCACCGCCAAUGACCGAAUCCUUAAGUAUAACCUGAUCAAUGACACCCUCAAUAUCGCAGUCCCUAAUGGCGAGAUUCCAGACUGUAAAUGGAACAAAUCACCCCCGAAGGAAGUUCUUGGCAAUUACGAAAUUCUAUCAUGCGCUUUCCUACACAGGCCUGGUGCGCGAAUGUUAAUGGAGAGGGGCAGCUAUGACGAAGAGCUGGCGCAGGGCGACGGGGCCGACCGGGAGCUGAGAAGUCGCCAGGGCCAGUCGCUGGGGCCCAGAGGGGGCCGAUCGAGAGACUCGGGGAGAACCGUCCUCACAACCUGGAAGUGACCACCAGGAGGCGCAGAAGACCGCAGCCCGACCCUCCCAAAUGCUCCCCGCACCUGGGCCUAUUUUGAAAUUUCCUUUUUUCUAGAGCUUUUUUUCCUUUCGUAAGCCCUGUAAAUAAAUAAAGGCACUUCUUUGAAAGGUUAA